AGUGUUCCUGAUGACAGUGAGGACGUUUUUUUCAGGGAUGGGGAUUUGGUAGUGAAUGACUUGACAGCUUGUUGUAAAUCAAACUUCGUGCAGACGUAAUUGCGCGAGAAUGGCAGAGGCAGCCUUAGAGGACACGCUGCCCGAAGAAGAGAGGGACUUUCAGAAGAGUAUAGCUUUGAUCGGUGGUAAAGAGAGGAUUUACUUGGUGAGUGAUGCGUGUAAAAGUAAAGAGGUGGACGUGGAUGACGCUGGAAUACUGCAGGAGUUCAUCCGUGACAUGUUUCACAACAGCAGCCCGGUGGACAGCAACGGACAAACGUCUCCGAUAAGCAGUCACAACGUUACCGCAAGAUCAAGCCCCGUAUGCUGCAAGACCGAGACUGUCAAAAGCAAUGAAAUGCCACCAAUAGCGAGGUCCGAUGAUUUGGAUUUGAAAGCCUGUCCGGUGGAAGAGGACUGGGAGAAGGAGCGGCCAACGUGCAAAAGAACAGCAACAAGGAGGGCGAACAGCGUAAAGCGAACUAUAGACUCUCCUAUCAUCAUAUUCAUCUUCCGACAGACAUUUCUCAGCAAAACUUCCAACGAACUGUGCUUGAAAGAGACGUUAAAGGACGUAAAGGCACGCACGAAACGUUCCAGAUCCGCCCGGCCUGCUCUGAUUGGAUUAAUACACACCAGACAGGAGAGCGCCGAGACGCAUCAGUGUGCGCAACUCCUGGAGCGUCUGAUCGGCUCAGUGUUCCACAAACAAUCACCAGAGACAAUAUGGGUCGGCUGUUUCAUCCCAAAGACAGAGGCCAAAAUGCUCAGCAUCAAGAAAAACGCCUGCAAAGUUAUACACGCAUCUCAAACAGCAGAUAAUACCAGGGAUAGAGGGGACCUGAUUUGCUGGCCAUUCCAAUGUUUGUUCUGGGCUCAAAGAAGAAGUCAGGCCAACAACUCUUCACUCGGCAGGCAAAGAGAUGACACAAGUAAAGAGGAAGGCAUCCCUCUGAAAACCAAUUCCUUGUCUGCUGUACCUCAUGUGGAUGGUGGAGACAGCUGAUGCCAUGACACAUGAACUGUUGCUGCAGGCGUAUCUCUACAGAAGAUCCUGUUUUAACUGUGGAGAAAAGGUUGCGGUGCUUCAGAGUCAUUCUUCAUAGUCUUCAAUAUUUCCACUGCUGAGCCAUCAUGAUUUUUGUCCUGAAGCAAUAUGUUGCUAAAACAUUGUCAUCUUGCUAAUUUACACAUUGUCUUUGAUAAACACUACAAUGGUUAUUCAUAUAGGGAUUUACUGUGUAUGUAUGGGGCUGAUUCAAGUAAUUGUUAUAACAAGUAUCAGUAAUUCAUAUGAACUAUAUCAAAUCAUUUAACACCUUUUUUAGGCCUAGACAUAGAUGUGUCUGAUAUUUUAUUACGUUUAAAUUGCAGUAUGGCUAGGAUGCAGCAAAAGUACUACUUUAGCAUAGAUUUCAAGUACAGGGCCAAGGGUUAUUGUGUCAUCUGAAAUAUACAUCCCAAAAGCACAACAGACAUAAUCUUUUCAUCAUUAUGAUAUUUUUUCUUUUUCCCAUUCAUUUAAUAGAAUUGUGUGCCUUAGAUAACUGCUGUUGGCAAGAGCAUUAUCUGCAGUAGAGGUGGAUAAAACUACUUCUGAAACUACUAAUGUAUGUAUGUAGCUUACUGGUCUGUAUUUUCAUAUGAAUAUGUAAAUAAACGUUUAAUCUUGUGUCAUUAUGCCAUUUAUUAUCAUAGGAUAUUGGGAGAUUCGGUUG